GUAGGCCAGUGGACGAUGAGACUGUGACGGGGUAGGGUGACACUCCGGUUCUCCUCCUUCCUCUUACAUUCCUUCCUCGUCAGUGCUCGUCUCGCCUCCUUGAAGAUGCCAUCAAGAUCUGAAGACAUCCUCCAAGGGUUUAAGAUAAAUUGGAUGAACCUUCGAGAUGCUGACACCGGCAAAGUUCUCUGGCAGGGCACAGAUGAUUUCACCAAUCCAGAAGUGGAACACGAAGCUCGAGUUCCCAGGAAAAUCCUGAAGUGCCGAGCAGUUUCUCGAGAAAUAUCUUUUUCCUCAGUACAUGCUAUGGAAAAGUUUAGGCUUGAACAGCGAGUUUACUUCAAGGAUCGCAUGCUUGAGGAAUGGUUUUUUGAAUUUGGUAGUGUAAUUCCAAACUCAACAAAUACUUGGCAGAGCUUGAUUGAGGCUGCACCAGAAUCACAAAUGAUGCCAGCCCAAGUGUUAAGCGGGAAUGUUGUAAUAGAGACCAAAUUCUUUGACGAUGACCUGUUGGUGUCCACAUCAAAAGUUCGUCUCUUUUACGUCUGAUGCAGCGAGAGCUUCACCUCGGACUAACGUCUGCAGACAAUCCAGGCAUUCAACAGCCUGCUGUAAAUGAUGAUGAUCAUAACAACUACUUGAAGUUUGUUCAACUUUUAUAGGUCUUUCUACUCACAUAUCUUAACACUUUCAUCAGAUUUGAAUAUUGUUUUGUUGUCCAGACAGCUUUACUAUCACUAUUUUGGAUAAGGGAAAGGUGGUCUUUUUGUCAGUCAUAUGUACAAGUUAUAUAAGCAUUUAUCAUCAUUUUUAAUGUAUUUUAACAAUGUGUACCACAUUUGAGAUGAUAAUCAGUUGGACAAGAAGAUUAACUUGGUCGUCUUCUAUUAAUCUAGCAUAAUAACCGGCACUGCAUGUAUUGCAGAGAUAAUACAAAUUAGAGAAGCCACUUCUUUAGGGUUUUUUGGUAGUUUUGUUCCAUCAAAAGCAUCAUGUUUGUCUGCUAUUACCACAUUGAAAUGAACUAGUAGCAGCUCAUUAAUAAUAAGAAUAUAAAUGCCAUUGACACCAACUUCAGCUGGUAUGUAUUGUAAUUGUGUGGAGAGUUUGUAUGAGCCAUCAUGUACAACGAGGUAAAAAUAGCAUGCAAAACUAGUAUUUGAGAUGUGUAAGAUUGAAAGUUGAUUUUUCUAUAUGUUUCCAUUUCCUAAACAUUAACACUUAAUUAAGCAAUAGAGGUUUUAAUAUAAUAAGAUCAAGUUAAAUUACUUUCUUGUUGGAAUCAUUUGUUGCGGUUCUUAAUACCACGCACAUAUGAAGUACAGUACUGUACUUUAAUGGGCUGGUGCCAUUUCAAAUUUGGGUACAGAAUACAACAUGGUAUCUGAAUACUUUGUGGCAGUUCCGAUUAAAAGCUUCUGGGAAUAUGACAAUACAAUAGUCCCCAGAAAUAGGGAGGAGAAUACUUUGAUUUUACACAGAUUUUAUUAAAAGAAAUCACAGUUUAAGGAUUUGUAAUUUACACUGACCAAAUCUUUGUUAGUUAAAUACAAUACUGCACUGUACAGAAUUUAAAACGGUUAUCAGUUACAUGCGGCCAACAUUGGAAUGUGUGUAAGUUUGUAUGCCAUCAAGUUAUCAGUAUGAAUUUUCUAAAAAAAAUUCAUUAUUAAUGGCUUUAAAUAGAUAAAUAGUGAAUUUCAUGUAAAGUUUUAAUCUAAAAGUAUAUUUUUUGGGGAGAAAGGUCUUGCAGGCAUCACACAACCAGUGAGAAUUGAAUCUCUCUCUCUGCAGUUAAAUAAUUUUGUAUAAUGUGGGUUAAUUAGCCAUAAAGUUUGACAAUAAAAUAUUCUGUUUAUCUAUGUUGUACUAGAAGGGUACCCGGCAGUACUUAGGAUAGUCCCCCCCCCCCCCCCCCCGAACCAUCCUCCCGUCUUCUUUCUCUCCUCCCCUCUCUCUCCUGCUCUCCUGCUCUCCAUCUUUCCCCACCCCUGACCCCUUUCCACCUGUUCCUGCCCCUCCCCAUGUCACCCACUCCCUCCUAUUUCCUCCAUUUAUUCACCUACUCCUUACCCUCUCUCUUCCCCUCCCCCCUCUCCAUCUCCCUAUCCUCCCACCUCUUCCCUCUUAUUCUCCCUAUUGGUACUUCCUUGUCUAGUCUCCAGCCUCGAACAGACAAACAUUGCCAUUUAAUACUGAAUUCACCUUCACAUUUAAGUGAAGAGUGUGAAGGUGACUUGACCAACCACCUUUCACUAAUUUUGUGGCUGGAAGGUGGGAGGGGGUCACUAUUCGGCCUUACCCUCUCUUUAAUAGGACUAGCCUAUGUCCAUCCCAUACCCCAAACCAUUUUCCCUGCAAAGUUAGGUGAGGCUAGACCUAACCUCCAUAGUUGGAGGCAUCUGGACUCCAUCUAUGGACAGACAGACAUUUUCUCUUAUACUUUAUAGAUAGCUUUAAUAAACCUUAAAAUUUGCCAGUCCAGUACAGAUAUUCAGUUAUGUAUAUUAUAUACAGUAAUACAAACAUUGGAAUAUAUGCCAUUUUGCCCGGUAAGAUUGUUAACCAAAAAUUUGUGCAGUUCUUUCAUGUACUUUCUUAAAAAAUAUGUUGCAGCAUAUUCUGGUCCUUGUACACGAUUUACAAAAGUUGGAGUUCAUUACUAUUUGGAUGAAGCUGUGGUAGAAUGUUUAUUUAUUUAUUUAUUUAUUUAUUUAUAUAUAUAUACAAGAGUGCUUACAUUCUUGUAAAGUCACUAGCACAGUAUUUUGGGCAGGACCUUAAUCCUGAUUUUCCCCUGAAUACGACCCGUCAAAUCGUUUAACAACCAGGUACUCAUUCACUGCUGGGUGAACAGAAGCUACAGUUAAGGAUUGGCACCCGGUCAAUCCUCCCUGGCCAGGAUACAAACCCAGGCCAAAGUACCCGCGAAGCGCCGGGCGAGUAUUUUACCACCGCACCACGGGGACUGCUCAAUAUUGAAGGUGCAGAGAAAGUGUCCUCAAUGUCAGUCAUAGAUACUUCUGUGUGUACUUAUUUAUAUUGGAAAAAGAUGACCCUUGCCAAGUCUGUAGAAUGGUUCACUUUUCCUUUAUGAACUUUGAGGUACCUGUCAAAGUAAUUUAUCUGGGUUAUACUUUUAAUUCUGUCCAUUGUUACCCUGUGGUUACCUUGCGAUGAUUUCGGGGCUCAACAUCCACAAAGCCCGGUCCCCAACGAAGUCUCCAUAAAGGCUUGUUCAGGUGGUAGAAAAUGUUGAAGGAAUUAUCUAAAUUUUGAUCGAUUAAACACAAAGGCAACUUUAAAUUAUACUCCUAAAUAAUGAGGCACAUUUAAACAAUGAUUCCAUUUGAUUGCUGGCUUUGGAACUUCUUUAUGUUGGGGAAUUUUAUUAAGGGAUCAUUUGGCUAAUUCAGAUGUGGUGGACUCGGAUGAUAACACUAGUCUACGGCCAAAAUGCUUCUGAACCAAAUGACUAAUUCUGGGUCACUGAGAAUAGAAAUUAUUUUUAAAAUUGUUAAUUAGCUCUAGUUUCUUCCAAGAUGAAUCUUAAAGCUGUUUGGCUGCAUAAUGCGAGUGUUUUGCCAUCAAUUCCAUUGGGUUAUGCCACCCUAAGGUUCACCUUAUGACAACAUGAAGGAGCUUUUGAGGGAUAAAUGAUGACCAACAUCAGUGACAGCUCUGUGGCGACUUGAAGGCAGGUUGUUGCUCUUGUGAUGGGUCAGUAGGGUGGAUUCACAAACAUACAGUACUGUACUGCUGCUUUCUUUGAGUGGGAUAGUCGUGCGAGAGACUCCCACACUGUCACUCCGUCCAUCAUUGGAAACUGGGAGAAAUGUUUUCAGCAUCCACCACUUGUUGAAUCAAGCAAGAUUGUUACCGCCCUUGUUCAUAAAACAAUAGCUAAUCAGCAAUUUUAAUUAUUAUAUUUGAAUUAAGCCCAUCAAAAUGCGUGAUAAACAGCCAUAUUCUUCUCGGAAGCAGACAACUUAAAAAAUACCUGUUGACCAGUGUAAGUAGCCAGAUACCAUGUUUCUGUAGUUUUAAAUAAGUAAAUAAAAACAAAUGAAUUGAGACAUUAAUUAAAGAUUUAAUAAUACAGUAAAUAAUUAAUAAUUCCUGGCAAAAGGCAAAUACAGCCAGUCUUACUCCAACCUCCUUUUUCUUGCCUCUUGUUCCCUUCACACUGCUUUUCACUUUUCUAUAUUUAUUGCUGAUUAUUGGUAGUUUGUUGAUUGUGCCUUCCACGAUGAGUUACAUUGCUGCUUUUGUCCAAGCACUGAAUUUAAUCAUUAUUAUAGGUACAAUAUUGUGAAUACAAAACUUUUCGUACAAUAUAUUUGCAUAUGUGCUAUAGAAACAUUUGUCAGCAUGAUAUAUGUAAAAUUGAAUGGAGCAAAAAUGUGAUAAAUAUGUUAUACAGGUAUACAAAAAGUUAUAGGACUAUUUGUGUGUGCAUUUAUUUAAAAGGAUUUGAGAAUACUCCCUUUAUAGUAAGAUAGGGUAUGACAUUUUAUAAAACAAAUGCAUUAACUGGGCUGUUCAAUCACUGACCUUCAACUAUUUAAUAUAUGUUGACUGGCUGUAACAAGGGUAUUAAACACAUAAUCAAUCAUCAUCACUUUUAUUAUUUUUAUUAUUAUUAACAUUUACAACAUUAUAUUUUAUAUGCCAUAUUCCACAAAUAUUGUGCAUGUGAACAGCUCCACAUCCUUUAAUUGCAGAAAUGAAAUGCAUCGCUUAAAAGUGGGCUGCUGGCUUGCCUGAAGUAAUUAGCGUGAGGAUGUGGUAAGGUAGUUGUUACCUCGUUAAGUACAGCAUUAAGCACUGUAUCUAGAAUGAACAUAUGAGGCUUGGAGGAAAAAAAGUGAGGUAGCCUAUUGUGAAGAAUGAUCACACGUAAAAAACACGAGUUAUUUAUAGAUGACAUUAACUUUACAUCACCUUUCAUGAACAUGUUUGUGAUCAGUAAUAAAAAUGGCAUUGCAACGUGAUGAUUAAAUUGCAAUCAAUAUCACCUACCGGUAUAUUAAGCUGGCCAUACAGUGCCCUUGUGUAGUAACUUUUUUUAGUACUAGCAUUGGAUUUUUUAAUUUUCAAUGUUGUGAUAAUCACUUCAAGUGAUUUCAUAGUUUGUGAAGCCUAGGUCACUACAGUAUAUAUGCAUAAAAUAGACACAGGGAAUGCCAUAGCAGUCAUCACUAAAAUAUGAAAUAAAAAGGUUUGAUAUAUUCUAGUCAUGUGUAUUUUUAUUUGCAUUUCCAGUUGUUUCAGUGAAGAACCAAGCAAUAUGUUGGUAGUAAAGAGUGUCAUUGUUGAUGUUCUGAGAUGACAGAGAAUUUCAUGAUGCCUUAACUCUUGUAUUCCAAAAAUGAAUUGGCUUUUCAUGCUCAUUAGUGUUUGUUCGUUCUUCACAUUUUUAAUGUCUUUGGAUAAAUAUACAGCAUAUACUGUGUGUAUAUAUGUUUAUAUGUACUGUAUAUACAUCUAUAUCUCAGUGUUUUACUUGGUUAAAAUAACCGGUGAAUUAUAUGGUAGGUGGAACCUGUGUGCCCAGAAUUUAAGCUGUAUAAAUGCCAUUUGAAUCCACAUGAAAGUUGCAACUUUUCAUCUUUGUGGUUAACAGUUAGUAUUUAAGAGUUGUGGCAUUAUUGCAUUCUCAUUCAUCCCAUUACCUGAAAACCGUAAGUGUUGAAAGUAGCACAUUUUGACAUUGUUAUAGUCCAUGCCUUAUACCCUUGCGGAUGUCACGUCGUGUGUUAGAUUUCUGGGCAAUUACAGGGUAUUGAUGGUACAUAUAUUUUUAUUUUGUGUGGUAUAUGAAAUGUUUAAUACCUUCUAAAAUUUGUAUACUUUAUCGCAUAAAAACUGUACUAUAAUUGUUGAAUAUAAGUUAAAUAUUAGUUAUCGGAUUCCACUUAAGUGGAGUUGUCACUGUAAAGGAAAGUAAAAUGUAGUAUCAUUUGUUUGUUGUUAAUCUUGGGAGUUUCCACUUAACCACAAUGUUUAUUGUUAAGAUUUGAGUUGCUAAAAACUACAAAUUUCUCGCAAGUAUUUUGUAUAUUUUGUAUUUUGUGUAUUUCUUAUUUAAGUGGAGCUUUAAUGUGUGUUUUGGUAGGUUAUCACCAUGCACAGGUUGGACAGUUGUGCCGUGUAUACACUGUAGCUGUAGGUUUGAGCACUGGCUCUUAUUGUAGUUUGAGGGUAAAUUGUCUCUAAUAUUGAAGACUAAAGGUGUUGUAUAACUGAAACUUGCAGAUUUAUCAAAAGUUUCUCAGAUCAAACUUGUAGAUGUAAAUAUACAGUAUUUUAAGUGUCAAUACUUUGAACAAAAUAUUGCACUUUAAUCAAAUAAUGUGACCAAAUACAUUUUAGAAACAAGUGGUAUGAGGAAAUUGUUCGUCAUAAUUCAGUAAUUGCUUAGUGUUGUAAGAAUACAUGAGUAUGGUCACAGGAUAGCUUUAGCACAAGAUAUUUCAGUAUAGUACUGUAAUGCCAUCUUUCAAUAUACUUACUGUGGCCAUCGAUAUAUAUAGUGACUUAGCCAAGGUGCCUAUGCCUGACUGAAUGGAACUGCACUUAGGAAUAAUCACACGAGCAAAGCUUAGUACUGUAUCACGUUUUCCUAAAGAUUGAAUUAGUACAACAUAUCUCUGUAUUCGACAGUGUUUUAGAUGUGAGAUUAGGCUGUUAUUUUUUAGCAUAUGUUUCAAGAUGAAGAUAUUAUUCGUGUACAUUUAUGUAGUCACACCAGGUUUAGUAAAGAUUAGCUUUGAUAUUUUUUUUACCAACACUCAUUUUGGUUUUUUAUGUUCAUAAGGUGAAAUUUACAAAUUAACAGUAUUAUCACAAGACACCAGAAUAUUCCAUAGCUUUGGCAUUGUUGUGCAUUGGGUACACUUUUGUUUGUAUAUUUUUAUAUAUAUCUUAAUUUCGUUACUAGACCAUCUUUUUGUCAUUUACUUCUCAUGAAAAGGCAAAGUAACGAGAAAUAUGUGCCAACAACUUUCGUGAUUUGUGUAUAUAUUUUGAGAAUACAUUAUGAUUUAAUUAUUAUAUUUUCAUUAUUCUUGCAUUUAGUUAUGUCUCGUUGCAUACAUGUAAUAUUUUGAGACAGUCCAAUUGAAUAUCAUAUCAUAUAUGUAGAUUUUACUACUAAAUAGCCAGAUUUAUUAUAUUGAUUAUUCUGAUGUGUUUUGUGCAAUUAAUAUCAUUGUUAAGCAAAUUACUACUAAAACUAUGCUAAGAGAUAUAGUAUAGUAUAGUAAUCACAUUAUUAUGCACACCAUACUUUUGUUAUAUCAAAUCUAUAAUACAAAACAAUUUUAAAAAUUGUAAUCUACUUUCUGAAUGUGAUAACUUUGCCAUAGAGUUAUUAUAAAAACUUCAAAUGUCAGGAAACUUUUACUGAUUACAUUCAUAAGGAUGAAAAUGAUUCUGCCAAAUGACCAGCAGAGUUCUUCAUUUAUUAUAUACAGUAUAAAGUAUUUCGCAUCAGGAGAUACAUGAUCUUUCAAGAAAGAUCGAGCUAGUCUUUCAAGAAAGGAGGAAUAUUGUUCUUUUUGUUAACCUUUUGGUCACCAAACUUUCCUUCAUUCUCCCUCAAAUUAUUUAUGAAUUCUUUUGCUCACAUAUUUCUGGUGUCAGAUUAGUUAACGAAUAUCUUUAAUUCAUUUUGAGCACAAGUAUAAAUAAGCUUCACACUGCAUCAAUUCCAAAAGGUGGGAAAGAAUUUGAAGUAAGAAAUCUUUCUUGAAGAUAUGAUAGCAUCUGUGUGUUUAUCUGAUGAAAAUGGUAAUUCAUCUCUUAAUUAUUGUUUUGUAGUUUCAUAGUUUUAGAUUUUUUUUUUUUUUUUUAAGUGAAGCCAUUCAUCUGAUAUUUUGUUCGUGCAGAUUCGUGUUCAUGAAUUCCGUCCAUGGUAAUGUAACCACAGAUGCAAAAUGCUGUAUGGCUGAUAUUUAGAAGUUUUGUUAGUCAAUCUGAAACUUGUCCGAAUUAAGUUACCUUGAAGGCAAUGAAAGGAAAUGCAAUAAUAAGAUGAUGAUGAUGAUGUAGAGCAGAUGCAUUAAUGUAAACAAAAAUUAAUUUAAUUAUAAUUGAUUUGAUAUAGGGAUCUUUAAAGAUAUUACAAUAAAUAUAUCAUUAUUUAUGUUGAAGACAUAUUUAGAAAGUUGAAUUGAGGCACUGGCAUUGUGUUAUUUGGGAUUACUGUAUAGUGAUAGAUAAACAAUUACUGUACAGUACACUUGAUGAUGCACAUUUGUCAAGUGCAUGCAAAUAGUAAAUGUUCCAAAAUAUCUAUAAUUCAUAUACACCUUAAAAAUUCAGUUACAUAUUUGACUUGUAAGUGCUGGAUAAUACAGUUCAAGAAACUUUAUUGCAUUAGAUUGAAAGGUAUGGCUUAAACUUUAGGACAAUCUCACAUUUCCAAGUGGUUCUCAGGCACUGUUAAUGGACCAAUUAUUUUCUGGCAUUUUUGUUAUGUAAAUAUGGUUGCACUUCCGAUAUCAACAGACGGUGAUACUUUGUGUGUAUUUGUUACUAGUAAUUAUAGUGAGCAUUAUUAAAUGGUUUUUUAUUUCAAUAUUGUGGCUUGUCCAAAGGCUCAUGUUUAAGUUUUGCAUAUUUUAUGAGAUUUUGCCAUUUUUUAAGUGUUUUAUAAUCUACCAGUUCUUCAUAUUAGUUUGUGUAUACAUAUUGUAGUACAUAAUUUGUUUUUUUUUGGUCUGUUUAUCAGAAGGUUGCACAAAAGUUCUUAUUUACCAAGUACAAGUGAAGGGAAUGAACAUUUGCUCAUACUGUACAGUGGCAAGUGUAUUUGUUGGAAGUUCCUGUGAGAAUAGUUUCAUAAAGUCAAAUGGAUUAAUGUUAUGUGCCGUGUUCACAGAAUUUUCUCAAAAGACAAUUCUGAGAUAUGAUACCGAGUGAUAAAACACUUUUAGAUUACAGUACAGUAUAUGCAUAGGCAAUACCAAAACAAGCACACACACACAAUUACACUUAGGUAACUACUCACACACACACACACACAGACUUCUGACUCCACAUUAUAAACGUUAAAGUUUACCAAAGGUAUACAUGUGUUCUUAAUCAUUGUAGCUGGAAAAUCGGGUAAUUCGUGGCAUAUCUGCUGUACCAAGUGUAAUUUUAUCUGAUUGUAUUGUCAUGUCUCAUGCAGUAUUGAUAAAAAUAUAAUGUUUAAUAAAAAUAACAUUUGAGAAAUAAAUAAUUAUUCACAUUUAUUAACAUUAUUCUUCAAGUGUGGGAAAUUUGAGAACCCAUUUUUAAGAGUACAGUAAUAAGAAUUAUUUGCAGUUUCCAUUUAAAGUACAGUAUAUUUAACAAUGAUACCAGUGUAUGGAUUUAUUGUUGGUGUGUGCAGAUAUAUAUUUAAUAUUAUCAAGUUACCUCUAGCUGUAGUAUCUGGCAACUCAUGUUAAGCAAUCUACUUUUAAGUUCACAUGAUUAUAUAUGACAUACACAAUAAACUCAGAUUUAUUGAGUA